AAAUUAAAGCACUACGUGGCAAUGCAUAUGGAAUUCAAUAAUUUUUCGAUCGGACAACACAAAGCGAUAAGUGAUUCCUUUACUAUACUCCCCUCUAAAAUCAAUUGUGGUUUACUUCUAUUUCAAUUAGAAUUUUUAUUUAUUAAACAAACAAAACAGUUUUUUCGUCGUAUAAACGAAACCAAACUCGAAAAAAUAACCGUAGUCUCGUUUAACUCAUGAUGUUUAGAAAAUUCAAGCUACACAAGAUUAGUUCGUGAUCGAAUUAGUUAAAAGCUCGCUCGAGAUCGUCUUUAAUUAUUGCGUCUAUUAAUCGACAAUAUAUAUACAUCCCCGUGGCACCCAUCUAACCCGUUCAAACACUCUUUCUUACUCGCUCCCCCUGAUCACCGCGUCAAACCUUCAAAGAGAAAAGUCUUCUUUCUUCUCACACUUUUUCUUCACCCUCUCCCCCAACUUCUCCUUCCCCAUGGAUGCAUAUAGAUUAUCCAAGGAGUAAUAAUUGUAUCGGCUUGCUUAUGUUUCUCCUGUAAUUUUGUCUUUAUCUCCGUGAGAAACAGAGCAGACAAUGGCUUUCCACGGCCAUCACCUCACUCAAGAAAUGGCGCUCCAACACUUCUCAGACCAACACGCAGCGCUCUUACGCAACCAGUCCUCGCCGGACGCCGGGAAACAGCCGUUGACGGCUCCGACGUGGCUGAACAGCGCGAUUCUCCGGCAACAGAGCCACCCCCAGCUGUACGGCGACGGCGGCAGCAGGUUCCUCCACCAGUGGCAGUCGAAUAUCGGAGGCGGUGACGCAAGCAAUCGGAGGAGCGAGAGCGAUGGAGGUGGCGAAGAGAGAGAUUACGGGAGCGCCAGGUGCAAAGCGGACGUGCUAGCGCAUCCUCUGUACGAGCAGUUGCUGUCUGCGCACGUGCAGUGCCUCCGGAUCGCGACGCCGGUCGAUCAGCUGCCGAGGAUCGACGCGCAGCUGGCGCAAUCGGAGCACGUGGUGGAAAAGUAUGGGGGUAUUGGACGUGGUAAUAAUCAGGCUCUUGAUGAUAAGGAGCUUGACCAAUUCAUGGCACAUUAUGUUAUAUUGCUGUCUUCCUUUAAAGAACAAUUGCAGCAACAUGUCCGGGUUCAUGCCAUGGAAGCAGUCAUGGCUUGUUGGGAACUUGAGCAAUCUCUACAAAGCUUAACAGGUGUAGCACCUGUCGAAGGCACAGGUUCAACAAUGUCAGAUGAUGACAAUGAUGAAAAUGAAAACAGUGAAACCAACUUGUUUGAUGGAAAUCUGGAUGGGCCAGACAGCAUGGGAUUCGGCCCUCUCAUGACAGAAACUGAGAGGUCCUUGAUGGAACGGGUGAGGCACGAGCUAAAGCACGAGCUAAAACAGGGUUACAAGGAGAAGAUUGUGGACAUCAGAGAGGAAAUUCUGCGCAAAAGAAGAGCAGGGAAGCUGCCCGGUGACACGACGUCCUCCUUGAAAGCUUGGUGGCAAUCCCAUUCCAAGUGGCCUUAUCCAACGGAGGAAGAUAAAGCAAGAUUGGUGCAGGAAACUGGUUUGGAGUUGAAGCAGAUUAAUAAUUGGUUCAUCAACCAGAGGAAAAGGAACUGGCACAGUAACCCUUCAACUUUUACAGCUCCCAAGGGCAAACGCAAGAAGUAGGUUUGUCGUAGCUGAUAUCUAUCGUUGAAGUCAGAUUGAGUCGAAAAUCUAUUAUCUCAAACUUUGAUUUGGAAGGAAGAAAUUUGCGUGAGGCCGAAAGUGAGCGUUUCACACUUCAAACUCAAAAACCUGUUGCCAUUUCUUAUUUGGCUAGGGUAAUGCUAUACAGAGAAUUUGUGUACAAAUUUCUCAUACGAAAUUAUGGAGCCUUUCAUGAACCGGUUCAUUUGAAGACAACACCCUCCACUCUGUAAUUUUGAAAACCGCCGCUGCCGCAUCAUUCUAGCUUUCCCUUUUGGUUUUGGCUAAAAUUGUUGGGGAAGUUCAUGUAAGAAAGUAGGAAGUCCAGCAAGUCUGAUUAGAUUCAAUAUCCGAGCAUAUCAAUCUGCAUUCUGCAGCAAAAGCCAUUUAUGCUGGUUGUUUUUUGUUUUGUACCAUCAGCUGGUGGAUUUGUUUACUUUCGAAUCUGUAUUCUGAUUGUUUGGCAAUUUUCCCUCAAAUCCAUAUGUGUUAGUUGUGUAA